UGCACGUGUUCUCUAGCUGCACAGCGCGUCAACGCUCGAGGACUUGUGACGGUCGCGGCGUCGACCGCGCCGCGCGCAGGCUUCUCGGAGUCGCGACCUUGGAGAGGACCCCGCGCACUUUCCCGGGGGCCGUGUUGCCGCAUCGUCCCCGGCGGGAGUGAGAGGAUAAUCGUGUGUCGAUAAGCGCGCGCGGUCGCAUCCACAGCGGCCGGCGGACGUCGUUUAUUUCUACCGGACACGCAUGGAGACGACGCGAGAGUGGGUCGGCACCGUCGCUGGCGUUGUGACUUUGGCCAGCUUCGUGGGCGGCCUUUCGCUCGCCUGGCGAGUCCGUCGCGCCCGCACCUCGACGGGAAUCGCGUUCGCGCCCGUGGCCGCGGCCGCGGUGUGCUGCCACUCGUGGCUCCUCUACGGUCGCGCCGCCAAGGAAUCCACCGUCGUGUGGGUGAACGUGUGCGGUCUGCCCCUGAUGCUCAUCAACGCUGCCGUGCAUCGAGCCUACGCGCGGGAUAGCGGACCCGGUUGGCUUCUGCUGGCGGCGCUCGGCGCGCUGCAGUUGACGGCUCCCAUGAUGAGUGUCGUGUGGUUGGGCCGCGUCGCGUCUCUCUACACGGUGGCCUGCAACGCGGCGCCCGUGUCCCGCAUCAGGACGGGCCCGCUGCCCGAGCUCGCCGCCUGGGCGCUGGCGGCGUGCGGUCUCUGGUCGGCGUACGGGGCUCUUGGAGGAGACGUGCCGCUCUGCGCCUCCAACCUACUCGGGGCCCUGGUGGCGGCGGCUGAGCUCGUCGCGGCCGCUUUGAAUAGGCGGCAGCGCAAGCAGCUGUAGGAGUACGAGUGUGAUAUUACACGAUCGAGGUUGGUACAGGGUGUUAGAAGAAGCAUCGAAGCACCAUCUACGACGUCACGAGGAUUCUAGCGGUGUGCCCUAAACAGAAUUCUCACCAGAUAGGGUGUACAAAACAGUAUUAGCGACCCAAGCAUUUUUCGGCGAUGCUAUACGGAAGGCCGCAGCUACAGAGUGCCUAAACGAACGGGAUGUGUGCAAUACGACAAGCAAUACGUGUACUACUUUACGCCUGGCCAGUGUGAACGCUCCCGCAGAGUAUUAAAGGGGCCCUGCAACACUUCUUCAGCAUGGUUAGAAAACGCUGCUGAUCAGAAGUCGAGGCUCCUGAGAAGACGCAAGCCGAACAUUAUAGCGCAGCACGCGGCCUGGAACUUACAGUUAAUACUCAAAGAGAGCUAGAAAUCGUUCCCUCUUCUCUCCAUAAAUGAUGCCAUAUACCGAAAUGACCGCGCCAUAUACUCAAGUUCACGGCCAUUGGCUGAUUUGAGCAUCGCGGGCUGCAUAGUUACCGCGACCGCCGCGUGAGGCCGCCACGGGUCCGCGCUCGCGAUCACAUCGAAUGUAAGCCGCGCGUUAGAAAAAAAUGUGCUCAAGGCCAUGACGCGCGCGUGACGUAUCUUCUUUCCCCCGUGCCACCCCUCCCUGCUUAGCUUCCAGCGCGCUCGUAGGGACGAGAGAAGAGGGAAAGCAAGUACGGCGUGCGACAAAUCUCUCUAAAUCCGCUCGUACUCGACGGAUUCUAAAACAUUUUGCUGCAGUCGAUUCGUGAGGCAAUAAACUCCUUUAAUGAAGCCAUUCGAAGGUUACAUUGGAAAUUGUUGCAGGGCCCCUUUAAGAAAACCGAAAAAAGAAUUAUACAAAUGACAGGCCACCACGGACGAUAUACCGAGCUCAGAAAUAAUGUAUACAAAACUAUACAGCCACUGUUAUAGUGCGUGGUCGAAUGUGUACAAACCCUAGACGUUGCUGCCUGUUUCCAGUGUUAUAUAUCCUUCGGGAUUCGCAAUAAACAUUGU